UGAGACAGUGGUGUUCAUCCUUUUGUCCGAGAAUCGCCAUCCUCCGUGUGUGAAUUUUGAUCGACAUCCUCCGUCACAGCCUGACGAAAACACACACUCUUCGAGUCUCUGAAUCACUGGGAAACAGUUAAGCCGCUCCAGUAAAUGGCGGAUUUCCAGACAUCAACUCAACGAGCCAAGUGGAUUUUCACUCCCCAGAAACUAGCAGAGAGAUAUAAAUCUGCUAACCAUAGGGCAGUUCAAUUGCUGGAGAAGUGUGGAACAACACAAGUUGAAGUAGAUGCAAGUGGAUCACUAACUUAUCCUAUAGAGAAAGUUGAUGCAGGAGGAGACCAAGGUGAUAAGAAGCUUAAGCCUUUGAGUGUUGAUGAAGAACGAUUCAUGAGAGCUUUUUAUGAAGCAAAGGUUCAAGAAGUCUGCAGUGCCUUUGAGUUUCCUCACAAGAUUCAGGCAACAGCUCUCCAAUAUUUUAAAAGAUUUUAUCUGCAAUGGUCUGUUAUGCAACAUCACCCAAAAGAAAUAAUGUUAACCUGCGUGUAUGCGGCUUGUAAGAUAGAGGAGAAUCAUGUAUCUGCUGAGGAAAUUGGCAAGGGGAUUAAACAAGAUCACCACGUUAUUCUCAAGUAUGAGAUGGCUGUUCUCCAGAGUUUGGAGUUUGAUCUGAUUGUCUAUGCACCUUAUCGUGCAAUCGAAGGCUUUGUCAACAACAUGGAGGAGUUUCUUCAAGCUAGAGAUGAUGAAAUCCAAAAGCUGGAGAGUUUGCUAAAAGCGGCAACAGCAGAAGCUGAUAAAAUUAUGCUCACAGAUGCUCCACUCCUCUUUCCUCCUGGCCAGUUGGCGUUGGCUGCUAUGCGUAUUGCAAAUGGAGUUCUUGGAGUAGUUGAUUUUGAUAGGUUAUUUAAUCUCUUGGCUUUUGUUAUAUGAAAGCUUGUAGCGGUUGGGAUUUUAAACAAAAACUUCAUUUAGUGCAGGUAAAGAACUACAAGUACCCAAGUGAAAAGGACAUGAAGCAUAUAAACAGGAAGCUAAAAUCUUGUCUAGGACAUAGUUCUUCACAUGACGAGAACAAGAAACGAGAGAAAAGAUCGAAGCACAAGUCACAUAAGAACUCCAGUGAUACACCCAAAGGUGCACCGAUAGGUUGAGUUUCUUGUUUUGCCAUUAGCUUUAAAUCUUAUUGAAUGAGCAAAUCCUCUUUAUACUUUCAUGCCUUGUUGUUAAAUUUUAGCAUCUCUGGAUUAUCAAAUCUGGAACUGGCAGUUUAAUGUUAUAGAGACAAAAGCUGUAUCUUGCAACAAAGAUUGGCACAUAAAAUUGUUUAUUCCAAAGAAGAUGCCAU